CUCAGGGCCGGUACUGUAACGGAGACACGAGUCUGCAGCCAGGCUGCUCUCAUUCCGUCCUUUCCCCUCCUCCCUGCGGAGACUUUCCAGGCUGGACAUGCAAGGAUGUACAGAAAAAUAAGCAGCAGCAAAGGUCAGCGAGCCGGAUCGAUGCUCUUAUCGGUGAUAAAGUAAAACACCGACGCCAGAACAAAAAACCGCCUCUUCUUUGCAUGAGCCCUGGCAGGAGUCGGUUCGGCUCCUUGGUCGUUCCCAGAGUCUCAGGAUGAGGAAACCCAAAGUCAUUCGGAUGGUUUUCGCCUUGUUUCUGGGCUGUUUCAUUAUGGUCAUCUUCUACUUUAACAGCAAUCUGAAGCCAGCCUCGGAGCCGGUCGGUGAAAGAAGCAGUGGGCAGAAGUCGAGGAGAAGUCCUCUACAGACACUUUAUGGUGAUGGAGACCAGAUUGAAUCAGCAGUACAGGCGAUCCAUCAGGGCCGACGGGAGCUGUUAGAGGAAGCCUGCCACUCCUACACCCGCAAACGCAGAGUCCUAAUCCCUGAGGACCUGAAGCACGUCAUCGUGGACGACCAGCACGGCCUGCUGUACUGCUACGUGCCCAAAGUGGCCUGCACCAACUGGAAGCGGGUGCUCAUGGUUCUGACUGGCACUGCUGGGUCCCUCAGAGAUCCACUGGCUAUCCCCGCCAAUGAGGCCCACAUCCCAGGAAACCUCCGUACCUUGUCGGAGUACUCCACCACCCAGAUUAACCAGCGCCUGCGCUCCUACCUGAAGUUCGUCUUCGUACGUGAGCCCUUCGAGCGGCUGGUGUCCGCGUAUCGCAACAAAUUCACACGGAGCUACAACACAGCUUUUCAUAAACGAUACGGCACAAAGAUAGUGCGGCGGCACAGGCCGGACCCACAGCCGGAGGCUCUGGAGAGAGGAAAUGACGUCUCCUUCGAGGAGUUUGUGUAUUACCUCGUGGACCCGGCCACCCAGCGAGAGGAGCCCUUCAAUGAGCACUGGGAGCGGGUGCACUCACUGUGCCACCCCUGCCUCAUCCACUACGACGUGGUGGGGAAAUACGAGACGCUGGAGCAGGACUCCCGCUAUGUGCUGCAGCUGGCCGGGGUGGAGGACCAGGUCAGCUUCCCUGCCUCGUCCAAGAGCACCAGGACUACAGGAGACAUGGCAGCCCAGUUCUUCCAAAACAUCAGCCCGUUUUACCAGAAGAAACUCUACAACCUCUAUCGUAUGGACUUCCUGCUCUUCAACUAUUCCAUACCAGCCUACCUCAAGUUCAGAUGAGGCUGAGACGUCUCUCAUCCACGGACUCCACUUGAACUUAUGGAGCCUGGAAAAGUACAGUUUGUUUUUGAGAUGCUUCCUUCUCUGUAGGCCUUAUUACAGACACUGCAAAUACUGUUUUAAAAGAAAGAAGCACCAUCAAAGCAAUGAAAAUAUCCUGAUGAGAGCUUAUUUUUACGGAUAAAACAUCAAGCUGAAGAACCUCUGUGCACACAGAGGAAACAAAUAGGAGAGGACCUUCCAUCACAAGAUGAACGCUUCUGCCUAAUGAGGGCAAAUUUAUAUUUUACUGUAAAGAGUGAAUGUGUGAAAUGCCAUUCAAAUUUGGUUUCAUUUAAUUUCACUUUGUCUGCUGUUUCAAAUGUGUAAUUUGCACAAAGGUAAUCUCUACAAGGUGCAGUACCAUGAUGAAAGUAUUAAAAUCACAUUUGGACAGUGAAUGUCUCCCAACAUAUGUGCCUUUAAUAGUGGGCCUUAUUUUGACCCCAGCAGACAACGACGACUUUUGUAACUGUGACUGUGUUUUGUUUUUGGUUUUUUUUUGUACUGUAGGAAGAGAUUUUUGUGUAACUGUGAUACUGUCUUUAUUUAUUGUUACUUCUGACUCCACAAAGUCAUACAAACCAAAAUAGAUAUAUAGUUCUCUCACAAUUUUCAAAUAAAUGCAUUUCAGCAAGAAUUUGUUUA